AUACAAUAAUAAUUGUGUGCAUGACUGUACACAAUAACAUGUGUCUGCGUGAUGUACUGUGUUUGGGGGGAAAGGAGAGGAGACAAGAAAGAAAACGUCAAGCAUAGGAUGGAAAAGAAUAGAAUAAUGUGUUGACCAUUGUAUGCUUUAAAUACGUCAGAACUGUCCUUGGUAGUAUUCAUUUUUUUGUGUUAAAAAGAAAAAUAGAAAUGUUGUUUGUGGCAAGAAUUUUUAUUUAUUAACAUGGAGUGAUAAUAAAUAAUAUUCACCUGAAUUGCUGUAUCAUAAUUCAUGACCAAAUAAUAAAGCAUUGAUUCCUCGCUGUUAAUGAUUGCCUUAAAUUGUUUUCAUGAUAAAUGCAGGCGGAUACUAUUGGAAAUUGUUUUUGAUAUCGAUUUGAUAUCGAUGUGCUAUGUAUUGAAAAUUGUAAAUAUCUACUUAAUUGGGAGGAGACUUACUGGACACUAAAUGACAAGAUAGCAUGGUUGCAAAUUCUUAAGUAGGCGUCCACUUUACAACAGUAUUGUGGGUGUUUAGUUGAUUUACACUUUUUAUUCAUAUUCUGUUCCGUCUGGAUAGAAAAACUAUGGAGGACAUUUUUAGACUUCGUUCUAAAUCUUUCACAAAUUUUAAGAAAAAAUCUCCAAACUUAUCUAAAGUUGAUGCAUUACGGAGGACAACGUGGACAAAAGAGGACUUUUUUCGUCGACGAUGUGCAAGUUCCCCGGCCUCCGACCUCACCGGAAGACGUGAUGUUUUUAGCAGACGACAAUACGGUUCUGUAGAACAAUUAAACGCUGUAGAAGGUGAUGGUACACAAACUGCUGGCAGAUUUCGUGUAGAAACAGGAGACAUAGAUGGCGAUGAGAUCUCCAGUACAGUUAAUAGCCCAGUUCAUUUAGAGAAUCCAGAAUUCCAAACACGGUGGUACUUCAAAUAUUUUUUAGGAAAACUUCACCAGAACUAUGUAGGCACAGAUAUUGAUCGAGAGCCAUUCCUGUUGUCCGUGGUCGUCACAGAUGCAAAUAACCAUAAUGUACAACAGUACAGGACUAUCUUAUGGUGCAAGACAGGAGCAAAGAAGAUAGCGUUGCCUUAUAAUCAAAGCAAACCACAGACCGUUAAAGGCAUCCUAAGUCAUUUUAAUAUUAAUAAAACUGAAAAAGGACCAAAAGAGAUCUUUGACUCUGAAAUACAGAAAGAACUACUUGUUUUGGAAGAACAAGAGGGAUCAGUGAAUUUCAAAUUCGGAGUUAUUUAUGCGAAAGAGUCUCAGGUGUCUGAUGAUGAAUUCUAUAGCAAUGAAGAGACAACCGACAGUUUCAGCAGCUUUCUUCACUUACUGGGUUCUUCUGUUUCCUUAAAGGGAUGGGAGAAAUUCAAAGGUGGAUUGGACGUAAAAUCAAAUGCUACUGGAACUGAGUCAGUUUAUACAGUGUAUGAGGGGCAUGAGAUAAUGUUCCAUGUGUCUACACUACUGCCUAUCUCUAAAGAAAACAUGCAGCAGGUUGAGCGGAAAAGACAUAUAGGCAACGACAUUGUAAAUAUUGUGUUUUAUGAAUGUGAUAAAGUGGACAGUCCAAGCUUUAAGCCUUCUAUGAUGAAAACAAGGUUUACUCAUAUAUUUGCAGUUGUUGUAUAUUGUACACAGGAUAACAGUUACAGGCUCGUCGUAUUUUCAGAAGAAUCUGUUCCGUUAUUUGGGCCACCUCUGCCGUCACCACCGACAUUUUACGACCAUCGAGAGUUUAGGGAUUUUUUACUGGUGAAAUUAAUAAAUGGUGAAAAGGCGGCAAUAAAUAACCCUUUAUUUGCACAAAAGAGAGAACGAACGUUGGAAAUGUUAAUUAAAAAUCUAUACCAAGUUUAUAUGUCAGAAAUCAACAAGAAUAAUAUGUUGUACCGGCGAGCAUUUAGUGAUGUUAUUCAAGAUGUCCAAAGUUCGCGGAAAGAAGAAGCAAGACGGGCAGAAUUUGUUAGAGUCGGGCAGACUUUGAAGUUAAAAACUAUUUUGAAAGGUGAUGCUCCAACCAGCACAGUAACGACUGGAAUACUUAAAAGAGAGCCCUGGGAACCGCAAGAGUGUUUUAUGGAUUUUCCAAAUCAAAUACAUUGUGGUGAUUCUUGGGGCGACAAGCUUGUUCUGGCAACAGACGCAGGAAUGCUUCUUUUAGAAGAAGGAGCACCGUCUAGAAUGUUGUUUGAUAAGACAAUUCCAGUAAGGCAACUAGAUGUAAUAGAAGACUAUGGUAUUUUAAUAUGUAGGAUGGAUAAAGGAAAAGAUGGGAAAAUAGCUAUUUUCAGACUUGUUGACUUUGAAGGAGAGAGCAAUGAAGAAGUAAUAAGAGGUCGUACAGAGUUUAAAGAUCACACACUUGAGAAGACCAAAGGCUGCCAUUUAUAUGCUCUUAGUCGACCAGAGUCCAGAUACCUUAGGAUGAUAGUUGCUAUACAAAGACGUCUAUUGUUGUUCACAUGGAAACAUUCUUCCGCAUGGACAUCAUGGUGUCCAACUGUCGAUAUUGAGCCUGCCAAUGAAUUUACAUUUGUUAGGGAACUGCAGUCUUUCGAAGUGCCUCAACUUAUAACAUUGAUCGAUGGUAGUAAAGAUGAUAACCAAAUAUGUGUUGGGUACAAAAAUCAGUUUGACUUAAUAAACGAGAAAAAUGGUGAUACGUUACAGAUGUACAGUAUUGAUGCCAACAAGGUAAACCUUGUGUCAUCGUUAGAUAUCUACGAAGAUGAAGAAGUGGAGUUACUGUUAAGCUAUAAUUAUGAAAGUCAUUUUCAAAAGCUGUCUGAAGACAUCACCUUUGACUUUGAUUUCCAUUGGAAUUCUGAGCCGAAAUCAAUUGUUUGUGCCUUUCCAUAUAUCCUUGCAUUUACCCAAGACACGGUUGAGAUACGACUGAUUAUUAACGGUAACUUGGUACAUACGAUGACCAUGCCAGACCUAUGUCUCAUUACAUCGAAGGACGACAUCUUCUUUUCAACCUCGGCAGGACCAAAUUCGCCAAUAGACAAAAGCAAGGAAAAGGAUUUUUCUUACACACCACCAUCAUCACCUUCAUACAAAAUGACACGCCCACCGUGUUACAUCUACAAAAUCCCCUUAUCGUGCCUUACUGGAUAUAUAGCUACAGAUCGAUGUCCUGUUAGAAAACAAUCAGUUACCCCAUUGCUGGCUCCUGUUGGUGUUGGUGCUGAUAAAUGUGUUUUACCCAAACGGAGCCCAUUGGUACGAAGUAAGGCGGUGCAUCCUCAGUUAUCAGAUGAUCAGGCUAAAGAUAGGCAUGAUUCGUCGGGCUCGGAUUCUGGCAUAACAAUAUUGAAACCAUCGGAAAUAAGUCCACCAGAGAGUCCUUACCAAAAUUACAUUGGACAUGUCGUAUUUUCAGACGUUGAAUCAGAUAUUGUGUGAUAAAAGCCAAAAGAUAUCAUACAGUUUACGAUAGCACUGUCAAAAGACAACUAAUUCCUUGUGCCUAAAUGAAACCAGAGUUAACAAAGUUAUCUGAAACAAUGAAUGAAAUAUAGGACCCAAUGGUGACCAAUUUACUAAAUGGGAUGUUAACUCAAAAGGACAAAAUUGACACUUUAAUAGCGACUAUAAAUUAUACACAAUUAAGCAUAUUGGUCAUUUUUAAAACAUUUGUAAUCUGCAGACAUUCAGAAGGCCAUUCUUCUUUAAAAAUAUUUAUUUGAGACAAGUUGAGAAAUUUUCUUAAGUAAUGAGAUUUGAGCCAGUGUAUCCCUAGCUUUUUUGUGUCAAUCACUGGACUUUUUAAUUGAUACGGUGCUAGUUCGUAAUUUUGUAUACAUGUAUAGUCUUCUUCGGAAAGUUCGAUAGUAAGCUUCAAAAUGACAAGGUUAAAAAAUAGUUGUGAUAUAUCGAAAAAUAUUUGCUACGUGCGCAUGUUUUUAAUGUGUAAGCAUUAAUAAUUUUCGGGAUUCUCUUAAUUUUGCAUAUGUUUUAUAUAGAAUUGUUUACAUGUUAAAAUCUUAAAAUAAAAUAACCAAAUAUUUUAGGAAUUAAGUUUUGUUAAAAAUAGAUGGGGCUACUGAUUAAAAAAAUAUAUCUAUCAUAUCGUAGAAGUCGGACAAUAUCAGAAAAUUAAACCAACGUGAAAUGUGAACAUUUGUAAGUUUAGAACAAUGUUUAACAGGUGGUUAUACUCAAAUGAAAUAUUUUGAAAUUAAAAAAUAUACUAUGUGAUUGUCUGUAAACUUUAUCUUUAGAACAAUGUUAACAGGUAGUUAUACUCGAAUGAAAUAAUUUGAAAUUAAAGAAAUGUACUAUAUGAUUGUCUGUAAAAUUUAUCUAAUUUAAAAAGAUUUAACUUUACUUGUAUUUUUUUUACUACUUGACCAUAAAUAUAAAAAAUGUAAAUAAGAACCAAUUACUGAUCAUAUGUUUGACUCCUCACAAAACAAUACUGCACCAAGCCUUUAAGUGUAAUACUGCUACAGUAUAUAUGACUAUAAUAUGUUGCAAAGGUGUCUUUAAUAUAUCAAAAAAUUAUAAAAGCGAUUUACUACCUUGUUUAUCAAGAUAGGUUUUUUGGAUUAUGCAUAUGAACGCUCGUAACAUGUUAAGCAAGGCUAAAACAAGUUCCUAUAACGGGUCUGUAUGUUGUUUGUCGAUUUCAUUAAAUGGUGCAAUUUUCUAUUGACUUUUUUAUUAAUGCUGCCGUAGUUCAAUUUGUAAUGUUAUUUUGUUAACAAUUUUCUGUUUUACUGCUCCGUUAAUUUGUUUUAAUAUGGACUAGUUAUAAAACUAGUUUCUGAAUAUAUCAUGCAGCAUAACUUCACCAUUGAUAUUUCGUGGUCUUAUUUGAGAACGCCGAGUUUAAAAGUACUAAUACCUUUCUCAACGCGAGGUUUUUUUUCAGUGUAGUGUUUUGUUUUUUUUUCAAAAUAACCGACUUUUCUUCCGACAAUAGAUUUUUUUACAAAUAGGAAACAAAUCAUAGUUAGGAAGUACAUGCUGUGGUCCCUGUUUAUAAAAAGCAAGUGGUACGAUCAUGGUAUAUUCUGUGGGACCUAAUAAUCAUAAUGAUAAUUUUGAUUUUGUAAGUGCAUCGCAAAUGUAAAGUAAAACGGUUUUUUUGUAGUUUCGGAAUAAUAUUCUCAACAGAUUACGUACAUCAAAAUAUGCUCCUCCCAUAAGGUUUGCAUUGACAAUAAUAGCAGCCAGUCUCAAUCAAGCGUUGUCGACCGUUGGUGAGAUUUCUAAAUUGGAAACGGAAUCGAUCAAUUGAAAACGGAUUCUUAUUUCAAAUAUAUUUAUAGAGUCAUGACUCGUUGCUUUAGAGUUAUAAUUUGUAACCCCUCAUCGAAUCUUUUUAUUGCAAUGGGAAUUAUAUCAAUAAUAAUGUUGAAACGAGUGACGACAAAUACAAUCGCAUACACUGAUCUGAAUUAAAUAGUGAAGUUUCAAUGGUAUUUUAAAGCGAUAUGCACUAAGAUCCAUAUAUAGAGAAAAGUAUCGUUUUGAUUCAUGGUUAUGGUAGAAUUCUGCAAAACUUGAUGCAAUAGUACAUGCUGUACUAAGGAAACGGUAGACUUUGUGAACAAAAUUUAUUUUAUUGUGAUAUAGCUAUGGCUGACAACAGCAAUACGGUUAUUUGUCAAUGUGUCAUUCAAAUGCUUAUUGGGUACAUGUAAUAAUGUCAAAAGUUACUAUGUUUCUUAAUGUUAUUCGUUUAUGUUAAUGUGUUUACAAAUUGUUUUAUUUUGUUAUAAAAUAAAUAAAAAUGAAAUUUU